CAAAUGUCUUCUGUGUGAACUUGUGUAGCUGUUAGAUAGUCUUAGUCCUCUCUGACAGCUGACUUCUCCUUUGGCUUUUCUGCUUGUUGGUGUUCUGAAGACUGAACGAUGAGGGUGUGGAUUGUCUUCCUCCUGUGCCUAGCUGGUCAGGCAUUCACCGCUUCCAUUACUGAGGAGGAGCCCAUCAUUGAUGAUGUCGGUGAGGAGGUAAGGUCAUUAUCUUGUUUCCAGAUUUCUAUGGACAGAUGUGCUUAGGGGGGGAAACAACAUCACACAAUGUGAACGUACCCACUGGGCACACACUGGUUGAAUCAACGUUGUUUCCACAUCAUUUCAAUUCAAUUACGUUGAACCAACAUGGAAUGGACGUGGAAUUGACGUCUGUGCCCAGUGAGUAGACACUUUCACAGGUGGGAGCAAAUUAGCAAUAGUGUCGUGUAGGAAUCAAAACACAGAGAGAUGAAAAACAUUUACAGUAGAUGUAUUCUUUACUCUCUCUGUGUCGCUUUUGACAAGUUAACAAACGUAAACAACGGUACGACUGAAAUAAUUUAAUAAUUUAAUCUCAAACGUUUUUGUGACAGAGGAUUUUUCCCUUGAAUGUUGACUAUUUUUCUGUAAUGUAGCUUGAGACAGAGUGAGCAGAAUCCCACAGGUUAUAAAUACAGCGGACAGGAAACCAUGACGUUUUAAUGGCUUCACCACAUGUGGGUCAGACUCUAUCCACCCCAUCCAGCUGUAGGCUGCUACACCUCUGUCUAGACCUGUCUGAAGUACAGACUUCAUUCUGCCGUACCGCUUGAUAACUAAAGACAUUUAGCUACAGCUUCCUUUUCUGGUACUAAAAUUGUGCGACCAAUUUAUGAGCAUUGCCCAUAGCUUAUAUAGUGUCAUCUUUGAUAUGGUAUAUAUUAACUUGAAAUGUGUUGAUUCCAACUCUACUGUCUCUCUAUUGUUCAAACAUUCUGGAACAUUAAAAAUGGAACAUAUGGAAGUGUUGUUUUGUGUUCUUUUGCCCUUGUCUCAGGCACAGCCAGAGGUGGGGGUCAACCCGGUGCAGGUAGAGACUGGAGACUUCGACGAGGCCAUCGAUGUCGAGGAGGAGGAGGAGGUCACCGCUGAGAGCCCCUGCUUGAACCACCACUGCAAGAAGGGAAAGGUGUGUGAGGUGGAUGAGGAGAACACCCCCAUGUGUGUCUGCCAGGACCCAACUACCUGCCCAAGUGCUGUUGGAGAGUUUGAGCAUGUUUGCGCCACCGACAACACAACCUACGACUCUUCCUGCCACUUCUUUGCCCAGAAGUGCAGUCUGGAGGGAACCAAGAAGGGCCACAAACUGCACCUAGACUACAUCGGGCCAUGCAAAUUCAUCGAGGCCUGCAUGGAUGCUGAGCUGAAUGAGUUCCCCCUGCGUAUGAGGGACUGGCUGAAGAACGUUCUGGUCACCCUGUACGAGCGCGAUGAGGAGAACAACCUGCUGACUGAGAAGCAGAAGCUCAGAGUGAGGAAGAUCUACGAGAACGAGAAGAGACUGCAGGCUGGAGAGCACUCCCUGGACCUGCUGGCCCACGACUUUGAGAAGAACUACAACAUGUACAUUUUCCCCGUCCACUGGCAGUUCGGUCAGCUGGACCAGCACCCCGUCGAUGGGUUCCUGUCCCACACAGAGCUGGCCCCCCUGCGCGCCCCUCUCAUCCCCAUGGAGCACUGCACCACUCGUUUCUUCGAGCAGUGCGACGCUGACAAUGACAAGUACAUCGCCCUGGAGGAGUGGGCCAACUGCUUCAGCAUCAAGGAGCAGGAUGUCGACCAGGACCUUGUCAUCUAAGCUCAUCAGCUGACCUACAGUAUGAAAACGAGUCUCUAUCGGGACAAGGUGCUCAGCUGAUCCCUAAAUUAGAGGAACACAGUAACGGUGCUAACUACAACUAAUUAACGACCAACCGACACCACUAAAAUUGCUGAAAAAGACAUAUGCACAGUCUGAACUAACAAAUCACAAAACGUGAUCAUGAUACCAUUUUUUUUCUUCUUGUUUCUGCAAAUAAAAAAAAAUCCUUUUUAACCAGAUAGAUUAGAGGAGGUAACAGAAAGAUACCUUUUGACGGGAGAAAGAUGUAAAUGUAUGUUGAAUGGGUUGUGAUAAUGGUUGUUCACAACAUGUAUAUUGUGUUCACGUGAUCAGGGCUUGGAUUUAUAAACAUCAAAUAGAACAUUCUUUGGAGGAUACAAGUUUUGUAAAAAUCUUUAAAAAAAAUAAAGUUUCUAAAUAAAUGCUUCUUUCAUUUGCUUUUUUUCCAAAAUAUUUUAGUUGUUUUGGUGUCCUCACUCAUUUUGUCAUCUUCGUUGUUUUGUUUGACUCUUGACUACUGCUUAAAUUAAGGCCUGACUAUCCUCAGGUUUGUUUUCUUACAUAGAUUCUGCCACACAACAAGGGCAUAAGUGUACUGAAAUUUUUUUUUGAGAAUAAAAGGAAAUAUUGUUUCAACUCUACGAGGGAAACGUCUCGCAGGUUGACCGUUCUUCUCAAGCUUUAGCAUGUUCACUGACAUUCUUCUACUUUGUGACAUUGUGUGACCAACAAUAGAUCUCUUUCCUUAAAUAAAAGUUACUGGAAUGUCCAA